AAGAAAAACAGUAAACGGAAACCCGCCAGCCAGUCACGAACGAGUGUUUGUAUUUUUCAGUAUGUAUGUUCUAUAAUUUCAACCAAGUCAGCAGUAUAAAACCCUAGAGUCUGGCCAAAUGCUUCAGUCAGAGAACAGCAGGUGCAUAGCCAGCAAGAUGCCGGCAUCCAAAUCGAGGGAACACAAUCUAUUUGCCUAUACAGUAGCAUUAAUCGUAGUAUGGCUGAGUAUCAUGAAUGGAUUGACUGCUGAAACUACCUCCGUAUCGCCGUCGACGUCGAGUAACCGACCCUCUGAUCCCGUGAUGAAGCCGGAGCAGAAGCAUGAGCGGAAUUGUAAGGCAUUGUGCGAACAUUGCGGCUGCUUGGGCUUCUAUUGUGGCGAGGAGUGUCUAUGUGAAUGUAAUAAUGAGAAUUCCGAUACGGAAUGCAUCAAGACAAUGCAAACGAAUGCUCGCACUUUGAAUACUCCCUUUGAAAUACUGAUCCAAGGACCAAGCAGCAAUCGGUUUGUACGCAAUGCUGAGCAAUUUGAUCAGAAGAAAACCAUGGAGGCUCGCUUCAAGACCCCAAGGAAUCGCCGUUCCACCAUUACCAUAUAUAAGCCACUGAAAGGUUUGGCCCUAUUGGCCAAUGCUGUGGAAAUACCUUCGGCCAAGAAAUCGGAUGCUGUACGUCAUAAACGUUCAGUGGAUCAUUUGGAAUGGUUUAAUGACUUUGCCAACACAUUGGUGCGUCCUUCGCCGCUAGGAACGAGGGCGCAGAGGCAAUUGGAAGCCAAACCCGCCGCCGUGGAGCCCGUUUUACCUCUGACCCGUCGCGAACCAUGGUUUUUGGAGAAGAAUCCGCCUACUUUAACACGUCCGGCACCAUUUAAGUCCAAAUCCCGCAAAUCAAAGAAGUCUUCGCGUAGAAUUACCAAAGUGUCCUCCAUUGAGGAUGAUUCGCCUCAUCCUCAAAAGACGCCGGAACGUGAGAUUCGUCCCCUGCGUGAUGCCCUAGAGGUUGUGGAGCGUAUUCCCCGUGUCCUCCAGGAUACGGUCAGUCAUUUGGCCUCCGAUAACAAUGCUGGCGAUGUCUUCAGUUUGAAUAUUAUGAACGAUGUUUAUCCGUCCAAGGCCACGUCACGCAGAAAGGAGUCUCCCCAGAAGUCUCGUCGGCCUGGUCGAUGGGAUAUUUCGUUUGAACCGAGCCGGACCAAGGCCCCAUUGGUGUCGGCUCCAGCAGCAACACCAGCACCGCCUGCACCGCUGCUACCCCAAAGAGGCAUUUUGAACCUGCCUUGGCUGCGUCAGCGUCGCCUGAGACGUCUCCAGCAGCAGCGCCAGAACAAUUAGGUGGAAGAUUUUCUUUUUGCAUUUUAAUUUGUUGUAUAUUUUUAAGAUUUUUAAUGAGAUCAAUUACAUUUUGUUUACAUAUAAAAUGCAUAACACUCAGUUCCAAUUUGUUGCACCAAUGCAGAAACUGAUGUAUUAAAUUUA